AAAAUAUUUGUGUUGUCUGGAUAGCUGGCUUACCCUUAGUAAUGGACCCCAAAGCUUUCCAAGAACUGAACAAAGCUGGUGGAGCAGAAUCAGUGCUUGAGGACUGUGCCGAGCCAGCUCAGCCAGGUUUGAAUACGCGUGGAAACAGGAUGCAGUUGACCAGUGAAAAGUUGCCCGAGGACCCCCUCUAUACCUCUCUAUCCCAGGAUGCUGCCAGGAACUACAGCUUCUUCCAAUGCACAAAGGACAAGACUGACCGUUACAGCCAUGCUAGUUUGGUGGAUCAGGCAUUGCAGCUCUUGAAGGAAAGAAUAGUAAGAGGGGAUGCUAUGGCCUAUUUCCUGCGAGGUCAACUAUAUUUUGAAGAGGGAUGGUAUGAAGAAGCAUUAGAACAGUUUGAAGAAAUCAAGGACCAUGAUCAUCAAGCAAUUUACCAGCUGGGCGUAAUGUAUUAUGAUGGGCUGGGGACAGCUGUAAAAGCUGAAAAAGGAGUGGAAUAUAUGAAGAAAAUAGUUGAUUCUCCAUGUCCCAAAGCAAGACACUUACAAUUUGCAGCUGCUUACAACCUUGGAAGAGCUUAUUACGAAGGCAAAGGCAUUAACCGAUCAAUUGAGGACGCUGAGAGACUUUGGCUCUUUGCUGCGGACAAUGGGAAUCCAAAAGCCAGUGUGAAGGCUCAGGGUAUCCUAGGGUUGUAUUAUUCAACGAAGGAACCCAAAGAGCUAGAAAAGGCAUUUUAUUGGCAUUCAGAAGCAUGCGGCAAUGGGAACCUGGAGUCCCAGGGUGCCCUGGGGCUCAUGUACUUGUACGGACACGGCAUCCACCAGGACACGGAGGCUGCCCUGUACUGCUUGCGGGAAGCCGCGGAGCGGGGAAACGUCUACGCCCAAGGGAACCUCGUGGAGUAUUACUACAACAUGAAGUUCUUUACGAAGUGCGUCGCCUUUUCCAAAAGGGUUGCCGACUACGAUGAGGAGCAAGACCACAUCCCGACGAUAGCCCAGGUCACGGACUGUCUCCCGGAGUUCAUCAGCAGAGGCAUGGCCAUGGCCUCUGCCCGGUGCCUACAGCUUGGCUUGGGGACCACAAAGGAUGAAGCAACCGCUAAACAAUAUUAUUCUAAAGCUUGUCGUCUGGAUCCUGCAUUGGCAGAUGAACUUCACUCUUUACUUAUUCACCAAAGAAUUUAGACCAUAGUGCAUUUCAACAAAGAUCGUGUGUCCUAAUACCUUCAAAUGUGAGAAGCGGCCUCACCUGGAAUGUUUUCUAGCAGCUUCUGCUGGGCUCUCUGCUUCGUUUCCUGGCUUUGUUCUUUGCUUCUGAUUUUGGUUGGUGGUGCCAGUUUCCCAUUUGGCCAAAAAGCAUCCCGGAAAACAGUGAUGUAGUACACCAGCAUCUGCUCGCUGAAAAUCCAGUUCACUGUGUCCCGAAUUUGUCUUUUAAGAGAAAUAUAUUUCUUGGAUGAGAUUUUAAAAAAUUUUCAUACUCUGUUCUCAAAAGGCAUUUAUCAAUUAUCAAUGAGUAGGUUAAGACACAGCCUGGUCUAAAUGUUUGAUGAAUAAACUAGGAAUGGCUUUUUAAGCUCUG